AUUUUAUUUUUGAGAUUAGUAACACCGGCAAAAAAUUUUGUUCAAUCAAUUUUCCUAUAGUGAAUAAAACAAAUGGAAUAAUGUGUGCUGGUGGUGAUUCGAACUUUUUUUUUUUUAAGUGUCAAAUUUACAAUAUAUUUUAUAAGAUCAGAAUAUAUUUUCGUUAUUAAAAAUAUAUUUGUCUAGUAUAUUAAUAUUUUUGCUAUUCUUGGUUCGAGCUAUGUUUAAUUAUAUUUUCAGUGGCCUUAAUUACGUUUAAAAGGUUCAAGUUUCCCGUGCUUCGUAUAAAUACCAUUGAAUAUAACUUUUUAUUUUACUUUCAUAGAAAAAUCUUCGAGAAACUUUAUUGCAUGGAUAUAAAGUUUUGCUUAGUACGAUUAUAUUCAGGGAACAGAAAGUACGAUAAAUUUAUCUUAGUAUAUGGGCAAUAUUUUCUCAGGUCGGUUAAUAAGUUACUAACGCAAUGGCGGUAGACAUUAAAUUGUCAAAGUUCGAUAACACCCCAUGGGGAUUUCGUUUAUCUGGCGGGCUGGAUUUCACGCAUCCUCUUACCGUUGUCAGGGUGGCACGAGGAAGUUUGGCCGAUGAAGCCGGUCUUCAACCAGGUGAUGUUCUCAUACGAUUGAACGGACUUCCACUUCACGAGAUGACGCAUGCUCAGGCUCAUGAUAAACUGGUUAAUGCUGGUAACAAUUUCGUACUAUCUGUCGUACGAAAUCAUCUGAAUCAUCAUACAAAUCAUCCGAUGGCUCAUCGACAGUGAUCAGUUGUCAUAAUCUUUGAUAUAUUUAAAAUUCUUCAUACAAGUGUACAAGGUUGUUCAGGACUAUUGUACGUUCUCAAAGUGUUUGCUGUACCAUACAAAUCAAAUGGACGGGCCAACCCCAGUCGGCACAGUACUCCUGAAUAACCCUAUACAGUGUUAUUCAACCCAAAAGUAUCACUCGAAGGUAGCGCGCCUGUUUGAUUGUUAUGAUAAAACCAUAUUCAGGCGGUCCGUUUUGACUGAAUAACCCUUUACAUACGCUUUGGAUCGUUCCAAUGAAAAAUGCGAACGCAUUCUGCUUCCGUGACUGUUUCUAUAUCUACAUAUGUACCGAUAUAUCUAUAUACAAAUAUAUGUAGAUAUACAUUUGCAAGCUACAUGAAUUCGCCUGAAGUAACUAUCUGGUAUCGUGCCAGCCACCUGUUUCCUGACCAUUGGUUUUCCCCUUUCCAAUCUUUUAUCUCCAAGCUAAUAUAAUAAUCUCUAAGUCUAUUACUAUCCUUGAUAUCAUUCGCGAUGCAUAAUUUGUACCAACCUUAACGUUAAUACAUCAAUGUUUAAUAUAAAAGCCAAAUUGAAUGUUACCAUGGCUAAUAUUUUUCAAAAAAUGUAUCUAUUUUGUAAUUUCCAAAAAUUCUAUAGAUAGCCACGCUAUCUGAUUUGAUAAUUAAAAUUGCGUAUAAAUAUUCAGACUUUCAAACUACAGAUAACAUUUAAGAGGUACGGAGUAUAUUUAAAUCCACAUUACAAUCCAGACACGCUCUUAAAUCUAUUAUAGUAUUUUCAAUCAAUCAAUCCUUAGACUGCCGAUUUAAUAUUUUUUAUCACCUCCUAUCCGAGAAACCAAAUCAUAAAACCGAACAACAUCAAUCUUCCAGAUGAUCGUGAUUAAUCCCAAUGUAUCUGGGCCAAUUCGAUGCGACUUAGCAUGUAAGGUAUAAUACUGCAUAUAGAACAUGGCAUGUAUUAUAUAAUAAGUGGAACCAAUCUUUAUAAUUGUGUGCGUAUAUAUCAUAUAAAAAGUACAUCAUAUAUAUAUAUAUAUCAUGUACCGUAUUAAUAAUAGUAUAGUCCGUACCAGUAAAUCAAUGCCAAUUGGCAGCCCGUAAAAUCGACUAGCAAAUUACUUCACGGCCGAAUGCCAUAACGUAACAUGCAAGUUGCUACAUAAAUAUUAUGUCGUUGUCCCGAUAAUUCGAUCGACCUACAUACCUCUACGUACUUAUAUAUAGUAUACAGAAUUUUGUCAUGAUUAACGGAAGGGUAAGGUGUUGUUGAUAGAUACCCUAGUGCCAUAAGAACAAAGACAACAAUAUAGGGAUAAAACCUUUACCACUAUUCAGUUUUAUAAUAUUUCCAAAAUAUUUCCUUGUACUAAUUUUUUAAUUAUUUCCCUCAAUCUCUCACAAUGACGUAGUUGUGAAAUUCAAAAUGAAAAUAUACUCUUCUAAUGUUUCCUUAUAAAAUACCUAGAUCUCUCACAGUGGAGGAGGAUGGAAAAUCAGGAUAAAUCAGACCUUCUCCUAUAAAUUUCUUUAAAUCAUCUCAUAGCGACGUUUGAAAAAUAAGGAGAGCAUUCAAAAUACGCGCCGGCCGCCAUCUUGGAACGCCAGCGCGCCAACCGAACAGUGACGUGCGCAGGCAGUUACGAUCAAACACAAACUCAAUCGAAACAUCCUACUGGACAUCGUCCGGAUAGACUUGUAUGAUUGAACACAACGUUCGUUCAGGUUGCGUGUCUCACGAGUGCUCGCUUGACAAUGAUAUUUCCUAAAUUAAAUAAAGGCGUGAAAGUGCGACAACAAUCUUCAAUGUUGAUUACAUGUAAUGCUUCGUUCAUCGUGCUAAACAGGAGAUAAAUACUAUUCAUUCUCUAGUGAAAUAUACGAUAGGUAAUGGUUUAAGUUUACUUCAUAGCAUGAUAAAAAAAUUUUUAUUUAUGAUUUUUUAAUAAACGAUAAACGAAAAAUAAUUUAUUCUUAAUAAAUGAUCAUGAUGCAAAUAUGAAGAAAAUUGGUAGUGUCAAGCUUUUCCAAAUAAAACUUAUCAUGAGAUCUGAGCCUUACGUGUUAAACAAUGCCGGAUGCGGAAUUACAAUUAUUCAAAUAUGUUUGAAUAAUUAUACACUCACACUUCUAACUUUCCGCGGUAUGUUUGAAUAAUUCUAAUUAAACGCCAGACACUGGCGAUUGUUCAAUCGUGAUUUUAGUGUAGUUCAAGUAGUAGUUCAAGUGUGAUUUUAUUGUGACUUUAGCAUCGCCAUCCAAGAUCAUAAGAAUUGCAUUACCUUACUUUUCCCCCAAAAUCAAACAAUUUUUCUCUUAAACAUUUUUUUCGACAAUACAUUGGUUUAGAGAUAUUUAACAAAAACGUUUUCAAACGAACACACGGUAUAUACAGAAGUAUUGUAAAACGAAAAGAGUGUUUUUAAAACUUCAUUUCGACAAAAACGCUUUUUACUUUCGAGAUAAAUAAUUAAAAUAAUCUAUUUUUUCCUAUUAAGUUUUUAUUCAUUUUAUUUAUGGUAUAUCAAUAUUCAGUAUCAUUUCGUAAACUGGAAUGAAUCAUAACACGGUGAAUGAUAUGCAACACUGAUUUUGAGUCCAUUAAUUUUGAAAGAGAUUAGAUCGUUUUUCAGAAUUUACGAUGUACCAUAUGCAAAUAGUUUACACGCGGACGGUUGUUUGUAUCGUGAGAAAGUUUCGUGACACUGUUCCUAACAAAGUCCCUUUGCACAGUUAACUUGUACAUACAGUUGGAAUUCUACAUCCCUCUGUCUACAGUGUUAAGUUUCUUGUACAUUGGUAUCUGUGAAGGAUGCUUAUGUACGAUUCUAUGCAGAAUUCUGUUAAAUGUUUAUACUAUUAUAUUCAUACAUAUACCGCCAUUUUUUUUUGGAUUUUGUAUAUACUUGUUGACAUUCUUAAUAAUAUUAUUCAAAAUAUCCUUACGACUUAUGUCGCAAUUUAUAAAAUUGUCUUUUUUAUUCCAUCCCAGUAUACCUGUGACCUCGCUGGGAUAUCCGCGACAUUCGAAAAAGCUACACUUUAUGGAGUCGCCA